CCGCGAGAGUCGUUUCCUGUUGUCAGUGGCGGAGAGGCCGCUGCGUCGGGUCGGAAGCUGAGAGGCUGCUGCGGCCAGGAGUGCUCCUCGCCACCUCCCCGCUCCCUCUGCCAGGUGCAGGAUCGGAUUCAGGCUGUAGAGACCGAGGCUGUCACGGAUGGCGGGGAAGUCUCCAAGAAGAGGAGGUUGCUGUUUACUGGUGAAUGGAGUAUUUCGAAAGCGGUGAAGCCAGGUCAUCCAUUUCUUCUUUUAAUGUGUCAUGUGAUUCUCCGAGGGAGCUGCUGUGUGAGUGGAAAUGCUCUCAGUGGUGGAGAAUGGACUGGAUCCCCGGGCUGCCAUCCCGGUGAUCAAGAAGAAGCUGGUGGGAUCGGUGAAGGCGCUGCAGAAGCAGUAUGUGUCCUCAGACACGGCAGUCACUAGCGAAGAUGGAGAUGCCAAUGCCAUGUGCAGCGCCCUGGAGGCCGUAUUUAUCCACGGCCUACACGCCAAGCACAUCCGAGUUGAGGCCGGAGGGAAAAGGAAGAAAAGCGCCCACCAGAAGCCUCUUCCUCAGCCCGUGUUCUGGCCCCUCCUGAAAGCUGUCACUCACAAACACAUCAUCUCGGAGCUGGAGCACCUGAUCUUUGUGAGCACAGACGUGGGCCGCUGCCGGGCCUGGCUGCGACUGGCCCUCAAUGACGGCCUGAUGGAGUGCUACCUGAAGCUGCUCCUCCAGGAGCCGGCCCACCUGUGCGAGUACUACCAGCCCACAGCGCUGCUUCGAGACGCUGAGGAGGGGGAGUUCCUCCUCAGCUUCCUGCAGGGACUGACAUCCUUGUCCUUCGAGCUCUCCUACAAGUCUGCCAUCCUAAACGAGUGGACGCUUACCCCGCUGGCUCUCUCUGGGCUUUGUCCGCUCUCUGAUCUUGACCCCCUCGCUACCUCUGGGACAGAACUACAGCGGAAAGAGUCUCUGGAUUCAAUUUCCCAUUCCUCAGGCUCGGAGGACAUCGAAGUCCAGCACUCAGGACACAAGAUCCGACGGAACAGGAAGCUCACAGCCUCCUCUCUCAGCCUGGACACGGCCAGUUCAUCCCAGCUGUCUUGCAGCCUAAACUCUGAUAGCUGCCUACUCCAAGAGAACGGCUCCAAGAGUCCAGAACAUACUGAGGAGCCUAUGUCCUACGACUCAGACGUGGGGACAGCAAAUGCUGAGGAUUCAGACCUGUCUCUUCAAGAGGUGCUGUCGGAAUUCAGCAAAGCCCAGGUGAACUCUGUGCCAACCAACGGACUGGGCGGACUCGGUGGAGAAGCAGAGAUUCCCACUGGGCGGGCCUCACUCUCCCUCCCUGGCCCGGAGGCCAGCAUCCCGUCUGAUGGGCCCGCAGAGCCCCUCCCGGCGCAGGCGUCCCCUGUGGCUUCCGAUGGGCAUCACAAGCAGCAGCCCCCUGCCUGCGCCUCUGGCGCCCUGGGCCUGCCGCUGUUGGGCACUGCCCAAGCUGUCCCUCUGGGAAGUGCUUUGGGCCAGCAGCCUGGCAGUCCCAUGAGAGUGCCGGCCCAAGCGCUGGCCCAGGGGAGUGGCCAGCAGAAGCCCCCAGAGGAUGACGGAGCUGCGUGGAGCCUUGGGGUGUCCUCACCCACCAGUCCGAAAAGCAAGAGCUGGAUCUCCGAGGAUGACUUCUACCGGCCUCCCCAGGAGCCGCCCCCAGAGAGCCCCUCAGAACGUUCUGUGGCUUCCUCUGGAGGGACGCCAGAGUCAAGGCCCAGUCUCCUCCGGCAUUUUUCUCAAGGACCAAGAAAAAGCUUCUCCACGGGGGCCUUAGACAAAGCAUGCGUGCCUUCCCCGGGCAGCAGGAAGAGCAGGACAGCCGUGGCACAGGAGCAUAAGAACUUCCGGGUGGUGCACCGCCGGCAGAUGGGACUGUCCAACCCGUUCCGGGGUCUCAUGAAGCUGGGCACCGUGGAGCGGCGGGGGGCCAUGGGCAUUUGGAAGGAGCUCUUCUGCGAGCUCUCCCCUCUGGAGUUCCGCCUCUACCUGAACACCGAGGAGCGCGUCUGCGUGGAGACAUGCUCGCUGCUGCGCUGCGAGUCUGUGGGGCCGGCGCACAGCGAUGGCCGAUUCGAGCUGGUCUUCUCCGGCAGGAAGCUGGCCCUGCGGGCAUCCUCCCAGGAUGAGGCCGAGGACUGGCUGGACCGUGUGCGGGAGGCCCUGCAGAAGUGCCGGCCACAGCAGGAGGAUGAGUGGGUGAAUAUCCAGUACCCCGAGCCGCCUGAGGACCCCCCGGAUGCCCCCCAGGGCGGCCUCCCCUCCCACCCAGACCUGCUCCCUGAGCCUGAAACCCUCCAGGCCACACAGUUCUGUUGGUCCUCUGCCCAAGAUCCCGAGCCAGACGCUAUCAAAGAAUCCCUUCUAUACCUGUACACGGACAGGACCUGGAUGCCCUAUAUUUUUUCCCUCUCCUUGGAGUCUCUGAAAUGCUUCCGAGUGAGAAACAACGAGAAGAUGUUAAGUGACAGCCAUGGAAUUGAGACCAUCCGAGACAUCCUGCCAGACACGAGCCUUGGGGGCCCCUCCUUCUUCAAAAUCAUCACGGCCAAGGCCGUCCUGAAGCUGCAGGCCAGGAGCGCCGAGGAGGCCGCCCUGUGGAGGGAUCUGGUGCGCAAGGUCCUGGCGUCCUACCUGGAGACGGCGGAGGAGGCCGUGACCCUGGGCGGGAGUCUGGACGAAAACUGUCAGGAGGUGCUGAAGUUCGCCACGCGGGAAAACGGCUUCCUCCUGCAGUACCUCGUGGCCAUCCCCACGGAGAAAGGCCUGGACUCCCAGGGCUGCUUCUGUGCAGGCUGCUCCCGACAGAUUGGCUUCUCAUUCGUACGACCCAAGCUUUGUGCCUUCUCUGGCCUCUAUUACUGUGACAUCUGCCACCAAGACGAUGCCUCGGUGAUUCCGGCCAGGAUCAUCCACAACUGGGACCUCACCAAGCGCCCGAUCUGCCGGCAGGCCCUGCGGUUCCUGAUGCAGAUCCGGGCCCAGCCCCUCAUCAACCUGCAGCUGGUGAACGCCUCGCUGUACGAGCACGUGGAGCAGAUGCGCCUCGUCCGGAGCUGCCGGGAGCAGCUGAAGCUGCUGGGGGAUUACCUGGGCCUAUGCCGAAGCGGGGCCCUGAAGGAGCUAAGCAAGAGGUAAGCGGCCUGGACACACACCGGCCCGCCAAUACACACAACACACACUCAACCGCAGCCGGCGCCCGCGCCUCUCGGGAGGGAGGCCAGGGCUGGGCAGAAACCAGCUUCCCACUAGGUUGGGGAAACAACCACAUGCUUUGAGAGCGGCUUUUAUUUGUUCGUGUAUUCGUUUCAUUCAACAAAUAUUUACUGAGAACAUUCUGAGAGCCCAGGUUUGCGGGCAGGUUAAGAGGAUUGGAGGAGGGCAGAGCGGGGAAGACUUCCGGGAGGAAUUGACAAACAAGGUGAGGCUGAAUGAUGAAUGAGUAGGAGUUUAGCAAGGAGAAGAGACUCAGGAGAGAGUGAUCCAGACGGCACGGGGACUGUGCACAGGCCAUGAACGAAGUCCCCCUUGAUAAAAAGAGCAGAGAGAACUUGGGUGGGAGGUGCCAGGAGGGAAGGGGGAAGUGUGAGGAGGCUGGGAGGCAAGGGCCAUGUUGCCCUGGCCUCUCCCUCCCCAGUCCCUCCCGCCCCGCCCCCAGCCUGCUUUGCUGCUGUGCAGCACAGCAUCCCUCCCAAAAUCUUCAGAAGAGGGCAAGAUUAGGGUGAGACCCUCAGGGUGCCCUUUGAGAAGCUUCUUAGCCCCUGGAGCCUGGGGGCCUCCUCAGGGUCGGAGGGGAUGCUGUGCUGCAGCAUGGACUUAGGGUCUGUCUGGGUCCCUCAUAAACACCUCCUGGCACAGUCUGCAGCCUCGGGGCUGGGCUCUCCUCAGGCCCUCAGGAGGGCAGACCCCAGGUGGAGGAGCAGGUGCCUUCUGUCCAGUGGGGCUUCAUGGCUGGGUGUUUGGGGACUUGGAGCAGCUCAGCAGCUCCUCCACAUUCACCCCUGCCCCCAGUUGCUCCUCCACACAGGGCUGGCACAGAGGCCAGCCCUCUGCUCAGCUGCAGUUCUAGGCUCCUGGCUCGUGCUCCCCGGGCCGUGGCUGCGUGGGGCCUGGGCAGUGCCCAAUACAGGCCCCCCAGGACCCUCAGGAGGGGGCUGCAGGGAGCUCUCUCAGACAUGGGGGAGAGGCAGGCUCCCAGAGCAGCCAGCUGGUCCCUAGUUGGGCGGCCACCAUGAGGGACCCUAGCAGGCUGCUUCCUGGGGAGGUCUUGCCUGCAAUGGCCAAUCACUAGGCCCCUGGGUCUCCCCUCACUGCCCUCCUUUCUGAGAUUCUAGGACUCGGGGCUCCAGAGAGUCUCCCUCCAGCCCUCCUGACCAGGGUGGUGAGAUCUCGUUGUCGUCACUCUCCAGUCAGAGGGAUCGCCUGCGGACCUGAGCUGACUCGGUGCCUGCAGGGUGGGUCCUGGGUGCUGGCCUCACUUCCCUGGCCCUGGCCUGCUCCGAUCAGUCGGUCUUUGACCUUGCUGACCUGUCCGGGCUGACCUUUGGGGCAACCCUGCCUCUUUCUCCCUGAUCCUGCCAUUCCCAUCCUUGGGUAGCUGCACUGGAAACCUGCUAUGCAGCCUACCAGCCUUUGAGAGAGCAAGGCGAGGCCAGGAGACAUCGCAUUUUGAAAGCAUCAUGGGGCAAGUGGAAAAGCUCGGGAGCAGCCUCUGCCCAGCCUCAGACUUGCUGUGUGACUCAGAGAGGUCGGUUCACUUGUCUGAGCCUCAGCUUUCUUGUCUACCAAAUGGGCCAGUCAUCUCUGUGCUCAUGCAGCCUUCCAGAGUUGUGGUGAGGGCCCCAUGAGGGGCUCAGAGUCUGGAGAAAGACACGAUGGCCCUGGGUCAGCAUGAUUUGUGCAUGAGGAAAAGCACCCAACCCAGCUUUGUCAGGGCCGGAGGGCCAAGAAAGCUCCUAGAGGAGAUGGUGUCUGAGCAGAGGGUUUGCAGCAUUUUCUUAUCUUCUUUAGAAGGAAAAAAAAAAAAAAAAGUGUUUCUUUUUUAUAGAGAUAAUCAGUAUUCAGACAGCAUAAAAGAAUCAGGCAGAAAGUUCCGAUCACCCCUCCCCGCCACUAUCAGUACUGUUAGAACUUGCUUCUAAAAUUCUGUCCUUACCCAUGCACAUAGUGAACUGGGAUUUUGCAAAAGAACGAGGAGAAGGAAGAAGGGAGGGCCCAGCUUUCCUGGCUCAAGGGGACCCGUCCUGUGGAAGGGGACGGGAGUGUGGUUCACCAGGACCCUUGAGGGGUUCCAUGCAGCUGGAUCGUGAGGGUGGACGCCAGACCUCAAAGGUCCUAAGUGCCACACUAAAGGGGUUUAUCCUGCCAGCAGCAGGGAGCGCUUUGCAAGGUUUUGAGCCCGGGACUCAACAUUCUCCAGGGUUUAAAAAAGACUAAUUUGGGGGUGCCCUCCUGGCUUAGUCAGUAGAGCUUUGCAACUCUUGAACUUGGUGUUGUGAGUUUGAGUCCCACAUUGUGUAUAGAGAUUACUU